GACAGAGAAUCGGGCUCCGACGCUGACUCAGCAAAUUCAGCCACCUAUAUAUACGAUUGACGCGCUUGGUCACUGUUCACGACGACUAGCCAGGUCUCAUUGAUUUACGAUGGCUUCACAUUUGGCCAACAUUUUCGGUACUGAGCAGGACCGCGUCAACUGCUCGUUCUAUUACAAAAUCGGUGCUUGUCGCCACGGAGAUAGAUGUUCCAGAAAACACAUCAAACCUGCUUUCUCGCAAACCAUCCUCCUUCCAAAUGUCUACCAUAACCCUGCUCAUGACCCCGUCUGCAAAUUGACAGAGAAGGAGCUGCAGGAGGGAUUCGAUGCCGUAUACGAGGAUCUCUAUUGCGAAUUAGCGAAGUUCGGACAUCUAUUAGAGCUUCAUGUAUGUGACAACGUUGGCGACCAUCUCAUUGGUAACGUGUACGCUCGUUAUGAAUGGGAAACUGAAGCACAAGCAGCGGUGGACAACCUCAACGAUCGGUGGUAUGCAGGCCGCCCACUGUACGCAGAGUUAUCACCCGUGACAGACUUCCGCGAGGCAUGUUGCCGGCAAAAUGAGAAUGGUGAAUGCAAUCGCGGUGGUUUCUGCAAUUUCAUGCAUCUGCGACUUGCUUCAAAAGAGCUUGUAUCGUCUCUAAGACACGGUCAGAAGCUCGAAAGGCGUCUGAAUCCACCAAAAGCUGAGGGAGGCGGAGGCUGGGAACCCGGCAAACGUGGUCGUAGUGCCAGUCCAACGCGACGAGGGAGGAAUGAUGGUGAAGAUAGAUGGACCCGAAAGUAAGGGUGUAGUGGGUUGUGCUUUCGUGUACUGUCUAUUUGUAUUAGUGCUUUCUACAGUGAUGUUAUUCUUCGAUGAAUUCAGCAUAGCGUUUAUCUGCUUGUGGAUCUUGACAUGCAAGGCUGCUUGAUAUCGAAAAUUAGCCCAGAGGUCUCGGUGUAAUGAAAUUGGUGAAUUCAGCAAUCUAGGUCGUCGAGACCGGAAGAAUGUAGAAUACCUAUGGCUGACAAAUAUAUUUACUGGUCGUCUCAGAAGCAUUGCAGUUUCAA